UGUACUUUGUCUAAUCCCCAGGUGCAAUAGAAUAACCAUGAAUAUUAUGUUACAGGGUUUACCCAAAAUAAACUUCGACCCUAAAUCCUUAGCGUUUGGUGGAGCUAUGGUGAUUGUGACCAGUUUACUAGCGUCAGUGUUCAGCAAGGGUAUUACUGUACCGAACCAUCGAUAUAGCAGACAAGAUGAUUAUAACAUGCCAGAUGGGUUUAUUGAUGUUGCCAAUAUAAUAAUAUCUAACGGUCAAAGUUGUCCCGCUCGACUUGCCUGCUGGGCCGGUCGGACUGCCAACAUAAGAAAUCUUAAUACUUGGAAGAAAAUUACCAGAAACCAGCUACUGUCAUCCAUGUUCAACACAACGUCAGUUGAAGAUGCAUACAGAGCUGGUAGAACUGGAGGAGAUUGCAACACCUUCAGACCUUGCCCAUUAAAUGAAUAUCAGUUGACACAAAUCAUAGACAAUAUAUCAUCUUAUAGAAACACUUUUAUAUCGAAUAUUGACAAUAAUUAA